AUGUUCCCCGAUGUCGUGAAAGUCGAGCUGUUGCGGUCGGAGAAGAGGAAGAUAAGUCGGAUAAGGGCCUACUCCCUUCAGCCAAACCUCGGCUUCCCGGAGUUCUUCGACGGCCUGCGGGGCGUAUUGCAUCUCAACGAGAACGACGCCGGCUCUCGCAUUGAGCUUUUCUUCAGCCUGACAGUGGAAGAGGAAGCGGACAAGGCACCCAUGAAGAUUGGCGAGUGGAAGGCCUGGGAGACUGGACCAAGGCCAGAUAGGAAGUUUCCUUGGGGCGAGGGGCAGCCCGUUCUGGCCAAGAUGUCGGGUCGCAACACCCGUAUGGCGCAAUGGCUCGACUACAGGGUUCGUGUCACCAUCUCCGACGCCCGCAUGCUGGUCGGCACCUUUAUGGCUUUUGACAAGUACAUGAACGUGGUCCUUGCAGACUGCGAAGAAUUUCGGAAGAUCAAGCCUGCUCAAGGCCCCAAAGCGGAUCCGGUCUUCCGUGCCAAUGGCUGA